AUGGCCAAAGGCAACAUCUUCAAGACCAGACGUCGUCGCGUCGAAGUGCAGAGGGAGAUUGAAGAAGAACAGACUAGUUACUAUGGCACUUUUCAGACUCCAAGCGACGCAAGCCAGGAAAGCCAAAGCAGCGUCGGCGGCACCAACGAAGACAGCGGCGUUUCCGGCCCAUACCAAAUAACCUGGCCCUUCUCCUACGAGAUGUUCCAGACCCAUGCGUCUCGCCAGAGCGACGGUGGCGUGAGCCUUCUCGAGGAUGCCAGGUGGGAGUGCUGCAACUGCGGUUUUUACAAUACGAUGCCGGCACAGGGGCUUAGGCUGAUGCACUGGCGGAACCCUGAGGGCUGCGUGGUGAACCCGGGGUCGAAGGAGGUACACGAUGGACCUGCUGAUUGUUGUGCGAUUGUUGGGCCCGAGGGGGCUUGGAAUCCCAUGGAUGUCUUGCACCUGAGGUAUCUCACUGAGGGGGCGAUGGCGAUGAAGAGGGUUUGA